CAAUCACUUCCAGUUCAGUCAUUCGUUAGACGAACUCCCUUCCUCUCUUUCUAUCUUCACAUUCUUUUUCCAUCCACAAGAUGGAUUCAAACAAGGCUUUCGAUGCCGAGAAGGGCCUUGCCCCUACUGUCAGCGAGUCACCUGAAUAUGAGAUUCAGGCUGGUCAGCAGAAUGAGCUCAAGCGUUCGCUCAAGAACAGACACAUGCAGAUGAUUGCCAUCGGUGGUGCCAUUGGUGCUGGUUUCUUUGUUGGUGCUGGUGGAGCACUCUCGACAGGAGGACCUGCAUCCUUGAUCAUCGGCUUCUCUAUCACAGGCCUCAUGCUGCUCAUGACGAUGCAAGCUUUGGGAGAACUUACAGUCUUGUACCCCGUCAACGGUGCAUUCUUCACAUACGCCUGCCGUUUCAUUCACGAGUCCUGGGGUUUCGCUAUCGGUUGGCAAUACGCCAUCCAAUGGUUGACCAUUCUUCCCUUCGAACUUACCGCCGCCUCGAUCACCAUUGACUUCUGGAAAGGAGCUGCCAACAUCAACGUUGGUGUAUGGAUUGCCGUCUUCCUCGUUGCUCUCUCUGCCAUUCAAUUCUUCGGUGUCCGUGCUUACGGCGAAGUUGAAUUUGUCCUCUCCAUCAUCAAGAUCAUCGCAUGUGUUGGCUUCAUCAUUCUUGGUAUUGUCAUCGACACCGGCGCUGUUCCUACCGAUACCCGCGGCUACAUUGGUGCAAAGUACUGGAGCGAGCCUGGAGCAUUCCGCAAUGGCUUCAAGGGUUUCUGCAGUGUCUUCGUUACCGCCUCUUUCGCCUUCGGUGGUACCGAGUUGGUCGGUCUUGCUGCUGCUGAGUCUGCCAACCCCAGAAAGGCUCUCCCCCAGGCUGUCAAGCAGGUCUUCUGGCGCAUUGCCUUCUUCUACAUCGUCGGUCUUUUCAUCCUCGGCCUCGUUGUUCCCUCGGACAACCCUAACCUCCUCCACGCCCACGGUGCCAACUCUCAAUACUCUCCCUUCGUCAUUGCCAUCAGACUCGCCGGCAUCAAGACCUUGCCCUCGAUUUUCAACGCUGUCAUCACUGUUUCAGUUAUUAGUGUUGCCAACAGCUCCGCUUUUGCCUCUACUCGCACCCUUCAAGCUUUGGCUGUUCGCGGCAUGGCCCCCAAGUUCCUCGCCUACGUCGACAAGAAGGGUCGCCCUAUCCCCACCAUCAUCCUCCAGAUGUCCUUCGGUCUCUUGGCUUUCGUCAACUUGGCUGCUGCUGGUAGCGUUCUCUUCACCUGGCUUUUGUCCCUUACCGGUCUCGCCAACUUCUUUGUCUGGGGUAGCAUCAACCUUUCUCACAUUCGUUUCCGCAAGGGUUGGGCACACUCUGGCCGCACUCUUGAGCAGCUUCCUUACAAGGCCAAGUUUGGUGUCAUCGGAAGUUACAUUGGUCUCUUCCUCAACAUCAUCUGCCUUAUCGCCCAGUUCUACGUUGCUCUUUUCCCCAUUGGUGGCAAGCCUGACGUUACCAACUUCUUCGAGUCUUACCUCGCUGGUCCCGUCAUCUUCACCCUCUUCGUUGGCUGGAAGGUUUGGACUCGUGACUGGAAGAUGUGGAUCAGCGCCUCCGACAUGGAUGUCACCACCGAUGCUCGCGAGUUCGACCCCGCUGAGGAUGAGGAGGCUAAGCCCUCUACUGGCUUCAUGGGCAAGCUCAAGUCUGGUGCCAGUGCUUUCUUCUAAGCGACUUGUCUUGUGCAUUUGAAUUUUACGAUAUAGCGAUGGGUGUCUGGGAAACGACACAUUUGGGUCAAAAGCCUUUUUUAUGAUUAAGCAUUAUACCUUCUUCGGAUGAAGACAUAGCUACGAACCAG